AUGACUAUUUCAUCUAAAAAGAAAAGAAAAAUAGAAUAUGAGCAGGAAAAGUUAAUAAAUUCGUUUCCAUCUUUAAAAGUUUCAAAAGUGACUUCUCAUUGGUCAAAAACUCAUAUAUAUGAUUUUGGGAAAAAAAAUAUAUUGAAAAAUGAAAUAUCGGAAAAACAUGAAAAACAAGGAUCUUCUCUUUUGCAUGAACCUGUUUCUUCUGUUUCUUUUGCUGAAGAAUUAAGUGAGGCAGAUAUAGAAAAUCCCUUAGAUGAUGCUUAUAUUGACGAGGUUUUAAAUAAAUUUGAUUUAACCUAUCAAUAUGGACCUUUUCGGGGAUUAUCUCGUUUAAACCGUUGGAAUAGAGCUGAAAAAUUAGGACUUUGCCCACCUAUUAAGAUAAAAGAGAUUUUACUUUUAGAUGAAAGAUAUAAUAAUGUAAUCUAUGACUAA